AUGUCACAACAUGCCUAUUUUUUUUUGUUUCAUUUUUUUGUCUUUAACCAUUUUCUUUUCUGCUAUUUCUCUUUCUCUUUCUCUUUCUCAUUCUUUGCAUUCUCCUUUUCCUUCUCUCCCCGACUUAUUCUUUAUAACCAGUUUUCCCCUUAUUUUCAUUUUACUUGUUCUUCAUCUUCCACUCUCAUAACCUUUGUCCUCAUCAUUAACACCCUUUCUUCUUUCCUUUUCAGCCUCUUCCUCAUCAUCUCUCAUUUUUCCACAUCUCGCCAUUUUGUUUUUUCUUAUUUCUAUUUUUCCUCCACUUGCCUUAAUCUUUAUUAUUACUCUGAUUCACCAACAAGAAUUUCUUCAGCUAAAUAUCUAUUCCUUUCAUCAUUCUCUCACUUUCAUUCAAUGAUUGAUUCUUUCUUUCUCAUUUGCCUGUUUUUUUUUCUUGUCUUCUUUUCUAGUUUCUUUUAUAUCAUUCCCUACCCAAAUCAAGAGAGAUUUUUCCAUAUUUCUUUCAGAAAGAAAGAAAUUGUUUUGUAUUUUUCUUCCAAAAAUUUGCUCUUUAUUUCUUUCAUAAAUUUUUUCUUUUUCAAAUUUACUUCUUCCUUCCUUAAAAUUUAUUUUUUCUUUCCUCUCCUUCCUUACAUUUUUCUUUCCUCUCCUUCCUUCCAUUUUUUUUUCCUCUCCUUCCUUAGUGUGGGAAAUGGUGUUGAGUGGUUCACAAGAAAUGAGACACGACCAAACCACUAUCGAAUACUCCUGGUCAAGGAUGAUAACUUGCUUUUAGCAGCAAGAAAUUAUUUUUACAACAUCAGCAUGAUUUCAUUACAAGAAAAUAUGCAUUCAAAAUGGGAUGCAUCGCGGUCAGCAGUCGCUGAGUGUCUUAUGAAAGACAAAUCUGAAGAGCUAUGUCAGAAUUAUAUUCGGGUGAUUGCUCUGAAUAAUUCAAACCUCUUCGUAUGUGGCACAAAUGCAUUCAAGCCAAUCUGUCGUUCAUACGAGAUUAAGCGAGGUAGCUAUGUCCGCAGAAGAUACCAAAAUGGUGUUGCUUAUUGCCCUUUUGACCCCAACCAUAACAGCACUGCCUUACUUGUGGAUAAUAAGCUUUUUGCAGCUACAGUAGCAGACACCUCAGGUCGUGACCCGUUGAUAUUCAGGGCAAUGAUACGAACUGAACAGCAUGAUUCUAGGUGGCUAAACGAACCUGAUUUUGUUAGCUCCUUUGAUUAUGAAGACAAAGUUUACUUUGUCUUUCGAGAAGCAGCCGUUGAAAAUAUAAAUUGUGGAAAGGCUGUUUUUUCUCGUAUUGCACGAGUUUGCAAGAAUGAUGAAGGUGGCAAGAGAUCUCUGGUUGGGACUUGGACUUCCUUCUACAAGGCACGGCUUAAUUGCUCCAUUCCUGGAGAGUUUCCUUUCUACUUCAAUGAAGUUGUGCAUUCUACUGGUGUCAUUAAAGGAAAUCACAUCUCAUCAGUAGAUAAACAUGCAGCCUCGGACAUCUUCUAUGCGAUCUUCAACACCCCAGACAACAGUGUCCCAGCAUCAGCAGUUUGUGCUUUCUCCAUGGGAGAUGUCAACAAAACAUUUAAGAGUCGUUUUAAGGGCCAGAAAACUGCACUUCACAAUUGGUUGGCAGUUCAUGAGAAGGACACCCCAAAGCCACACCCAGAAGGGUGUCAACCAAACUCAAAGAUGAUUCCUGACCAGACACUAAAUUUCAUCAAGUCCCAUCCACUCAUGAAUGACGCUGUCCCAAGUCUGGGGCAUCAACCAAUCCUUGUGAACGGUGGAUUUAAAUAUCUCAAUGUAAUCUGUCACUGUAUUUCCUUAUCUAUCUAUCUAUCUAUCUAUCUAUCUAUCUAUCUAUCUGUCUGUCUGUCUGUCAAUGUUUUUCCUUAUCUAUCUGGCAAUGUCUUCCCAUAUCUAUCUACCUGGCAAUUUCUUUCCUUAUCUAGCUAUCUGUUGAUAUCUUUCCUUAUCUAUCUAUCUAUCUAUCUAUCUAUCUAUCUAUCUAUCUAUCUAUCUAUCUGUCUGUCUCUAUCUGUUGAUAUCUUUCUUAUCUAUCUAUCUAUCUAUCUAUCUAUCUAUCUAUCUGUCUGUCUGUCUGUCAAUCAAUUUUUCCUUAUCUAUCUGGCAAUCUAUCUGUUGAUAUCUUUCCUUAUCUAUCUAUCUAUCUAUCUAUCUAUCUAUCUAUCUAUCUAUCUAUCUAUCUAUCUGUCUGUCUAUCUGUCUGCAAUGUCUUCCCAUAUCUAUCUGUCAAUUUCUUUCCUUAUCUAUCUAUCUGUUGAUAUCUUUCCUUAUCAAUAUCUAUCUAUCUAUCCUAUCUAUCUAUCUAUCUAUCUUUCUAUCUAUCUAUCAAUCUAUCUAUAUCUAUCUAUCUAUCUAUCUAUCUUAUCUAUCUAUCUAUCUAUCAAUGUUUUCCUUAUCUAUCCAAUAUCUUAUCUAUCUAUCUAUCUGUUGAUAUCUUAUCUAUCUAUCUAUCUAUCUAUCUAUCUAUCUAUCUAUCUAUCUGUCUGUCUGUCAAUGUUUUCCUUAUCUAAUGUCUUCCCAUCUAUCUACCUGGCAAUUUCUUUCCUUAUCCUCUAUCUGUUGAUAAUAUCUAUCUAUCUAUCUAUCUAUCUAUCUAUCUAUCUAUCUGUCUGUCUGUCUGUCAAUGUUUUUUCCUUAUCUAUUGGCAAUUUUCCUAUCUAUCUAGGCUAUUUCUUUCCUUAUCUAGCUAUCCUUGAUAUCUAUCUAUCUAUCUCUAUCUAUCUAUCUAUCUAUCUAUCUAUCUAUCUAUCUAUCUAUGUCUGUCUCUAUCUGUUGAUAUCUUAUCCUUAUCUAUCUAUCUAUCUAUCUAUCUAUCUAUCUAUCUAUCUAUCUAUCUGUCAAUGUUUGUCUGUCUGUCAAUGUUUUCCUUAUCUAUCUGGCAAUUCUUUUCCUUAUCUAGCUAUUGAUAUCUUUCCUUAUUUCUUUCUAUUAUCUAGCUAUCUGUUGAUAUCUUUCCUUAUCUAUCUAUCUAUCUAUCUAUCUAUCUAUUAUCUAUCUAUCUAUGUCUAUCUAUCUAUCUGUCUGUCAAUUUUUUCCUCUUAUCUAUCUGUUGAUAAUGUCUUCUAUCUAUCUAUCUAUCUAUCUGGCAAUUCUAUCUAUUUCCUAUUAUCUAGCUAUUUGUUGAUCUGGCAAUGUCUUCCCAUAUCUAUUGGCAAUUUCUUUAUCUUAUCUAUCUAUCUUUCUAUCUAUCUAUCUAUCUAUCUAUCUAUCUAUCUAUCUGUCUGUCUGUCUGUCAAUGUUUUUCCUUAUCUAUCUGGCAAUCUAUCUGUUGAUAUCUUUCUUUCCUAUUAUCUAUCUAUCUAUCUAUCUAUCUAUCUAUCUAUCUGUCUGUCUGUAAAUGUUUUUCCUUAUCUAUCUGGCAAUGUCUUCCCAUAUCUAUCUACCUGGCAAUUUCUUUCCUUAUCUAGCUAUCUGUUGAUAUCUUUCCUUAUCUAUCUAUCUAUCUAUCUAUCUAUCUAUCUAUCUAUAUCUAUCUAUCUAUCUAUCUGUCUGUCUGUCAAUGUUUUUCCUAUCUAUCUAUCUUAUCUGUCUGUUUCUUUGUCUUAUCUAGUCAAUAUUUUUUAUCUAUCUAUCUAUCUAUCUGUCUAUCUAUCUAUCUAUCUAUCUAUCUAUCUGUCUGUCUGUCAAUUUUUUUCCUUAUCUAUCUAUCUGUCUUCCCCAUAUCUAUCUGAUAUCAAUUUCUUUCUAUCUAUCUAUGAUAUCUUUCCUUAUCUAUCUAUCUAUCUAUCUAUCUAUCUAUCUAUCUGUCUGUCUGUCAAUGUUUUUUUUCCUUAUCUAUCUGGCAAUGUCUUCCAUAUCUAUCUAUCUAUCUACCUAUCUAUUCAUCAAUUUCUUUCCUUAUCUAGCUAUCUGUUGAUCUAUUCAUCUCAAUGUUUUUCUAUUAUCUAUCUAUCUAUCUUCUAUAUCUAUUUUUAUCUAGCUAUAUCUAUCUAUCUAUCUAUCUCUAUCUAUCUAUCUAUCUAUCUAUCUAUCUGUCUGUCUCUAUCUGUUGAUGUUCUUUCUUUCCUUAUCUAUCUAUCUAUCUAUCUAUCUAUCUAUCUAUCUAUCUAUCUAUCUAUCUAUCUAUCUAUCUGUCUCUAUCUAUCUAUCUUUCCUCUAUCUAUCUAUCUAUCUAUCUUUCUUUAUCUAUCUAUCUAUCUGUUGAUAUCUGGCAAUUCUUCCCAUAUCUAUCUACCUGGCAAUUUCAUCUAUCUAUCUAUCUAUCUAUCUAUCUAUCUAUCUAUCUAUAUCUAUCUAUCUAUCUAUCUGUCUGUCUGUCAAUGUUUUCCUUAUCUAUCUGGCAAUGUCUUCCCAUAUCUAUCUACCUGGCAAUUUCUUUCCUUAUCUAGCUAUCUGUUGAUAUCUUUCCUUAUCUAUCUAUCUAUCUAUCUAUCUAUCUAUCUAUCUAUCUAUCUAUCUAUCUAUCUGUCAAUGUUUUUCCUUAUCUAUCUGGCAAUCUAUCUGUUGAUAAUUUCUUAUCUAUCCAUCUAUCUAUCUACCUAUCUAUCUAUCUAUUAUCUAUCUAUCUCUGUCUAUCUGUUAUCUGUCAAUGUUUAUCUUUUCUAUCUGGCAAUGUUUCUAUCUAUCUAUCUAUCUAUCUUUCUAUCUAGCUAUCUAUUAUCUAUCUAUCUUAUCUAUCUAUCUAUCUAUCUAUCUAUCUAUCUGUCAAUGUUUAUCUAUUAUCUAUCUAUCAAUCUAUCUGUUGAUAUAUCCUUAUCUAUCUAUCUAUCUAUCUAUCUAUCUAUCUAUCUAUCUAUCUAUCUAUCUAUCUGUCUGUCUGUCUGUCUGUCUGUCUGUCAAUGUUUUCCUUAUCUAUCUGGCAAUGUCUUCCCAUAUCUAUCUACCUGGCAAUUUCUUUCCUUAUCUAGCUAUCUGUUGAUAUCUUUCCUUAUCUAUCUAUCUAUCUAUCUAUCUAUCUAUCUAUCUAUCUAUCUAUCUAUCUAUCUAUCUGUCUGUCUGUCUGUCAAUGUUUUUCCUUAUCUAUCUGGCAAUCUAUCUGUUGAUAUCUUUCCUUAUCUAUCUAUCUAUCUAUCUAUCUAUCUAUCUAUCUAUCUAUCUAUCUGUCUGUCUGUCAAUGUUUUUCCUUAUCUAUCUGGCAAUGUCUUCCCAUAUCUAUCUACCUGGCAAUUUCUUUCCUUAUCUAGCUAUCUGUUGAUAUCUUUCCUUAUCUAUCUAUCUAUCUAUCUAUCUAUCUAUCUAUCUAUCUAUCUAUCUAUCUAUCUGUCUGUCUGUCUGUCUGUCAAUGUCAAUAUAUUGCAUAUGCAAUACAUACAUACAUACCUAUAUCUAUCUAUCUAUCUAUCUAUCUAUCUAUCUAUGUAUCUAUGUAUCUAUCUAUCUAUCUAUCUAUCUAUCUAUCUGUCAAUUAAAUUUGGUUUAUCACUAUCUACGUAUCUCAUUUCAUUCAUAUCUAUCUAUCUAUCCAGUCUGUGUUUGUUCAGAUCUAUUUGUCCAUUCACCUUAUCUCAUUAUCGGUUCACACGCAUUGCAGUACACGAACAGUACCUGGCAGUGGAUGGACGAUAUUAUGAUAUUCUCUUCAUUGGAACAAAUGAUGGCCAUGUUCUUAAAGUCGUAAAUAUUGAACAGAAUGGAAAAAUGCGAAGUAUUGUUAUUGAAGAACUGCUGGUUUUCAAAGAUAAGAGCACAAUUGUAGGCCUUCAAGUCUACCAUAAAUUUGGGCUGGAGAAACUCAUUGUUGUCUCCAGUGAAGAUGUUGUGUCAAUUCCUCUUCAUCGAUGCCACUUAAAAGUAACCUGCAGAGAAUGCGUGGCACUCCAAGAUCCUUACUGUUCGUGGCUCGAUGGAAAAUGCUCAGCCUUUUCAAGUCGUGGAGAAAUUUCCAGAAUCCAAAAUAUCCGUGUCGGUAUCCAUGCUAUGUGUGAAGAAGAGGAGAUGAAUGUUUUUGAAUUCCUUAUUUUCCUUCCCAUUCUUGUUCAGUCAAAAAUUACUUGA